AUGGUCUUGGACAUGCGUACCACGGGUCUCCGAAACAUGUUGGAAGAGAACUACCCCCCGCAGAUAUCUUGUCUGUGCCAAAGAGUGACGCAUUAUUUUUGUGACUCUCUUUUUAAAAGUUAACUGUGAUGGUUUACACCUUAAGCAAGCUCUUGGUUUUGUCGUUGUAAGGUAGAUUGAGGGGUAUCAUGUUUUGUUCUGCUAUUUGAAAUUCUCUACGUGUCGCAAAUAUGAGUGCUUUAGGGAUGGGGGCCGAAAUCGAGGAUUUGGACAAAGUGGGCAUGGGUUAUUUGAUGCUUGACAGCAAAGCACAUAAAAAAGUUUCAGAUUUUAAACCUAGUACCGAAAAAGAGUGGACUUCUCGUCAAAUGUCGCCCCCCGGUGAUAAUUGUAACUGUAUAUACUACUCCCUAAUAUUUGCGGGUGUUGGAUUUCUUCUUCCCUACAAUAGCUUCAUUGUUGCUGUUGAUUAUUUUCAAAGUCAAUACCCCAACACAACUAUAAUAUUUGAUAUGAAUAUUGUGUAUAUAUUCAUGGGCUUCUUUGCAGUUAUAGUGAACAAUCUACUUGUAGAGACCUUGUCACUCCACACUCGAAUUACCUUUGGUUACAUUGUCUCCUUUUCCACACUACUAUUUGUUGCAAUUUGUGAAAUUUACUUGGGUUUGUUUAGCAUCCAUACUUCUUAUUCCAUAAACCUUAUUGCCAUGGCAGUAUUGGCUAUUGGUUGCACAGUUCAGCAGUCAAGUUUUUAUGGCUACACAAGUAUGUUGCCCUCCCGUUACACUCAAGCAGUCAUGGCUGGUGAAAGUGCUGCUGGCUUUUUUGUGUCUUUCAUACGUAUUGCAACUAAGCUCAUGCUGCAUGACCAGAAAGAAAAUACUUUGAUAUUUUUCUUAAUAUCAAUUGCUAUGGUUGGUUUGUGCUUUGGUCUACACCAUACUAUACGCAGAACUGCUUUCAUAAAAUACUACAUAAUGCUGUGCCAAGAGCGAAAAAUAACUCUUGAGCCAACUGAAGAUGCAGGUUUGAUGGAGCCACUUGAAACUGAAAGUGGGUCUCGUAGCCAAUAUGGUGUGCUAAAACUACAGCAAAGCCCUCGGGAACCAGGAAUAUCAGGUUUCAGCUUUGCCAAUCCUGUUUAUGAACCUACUGGUGCCCCACCCACUCUGCCUGUAACAGCUGUAACUGCAGCUGCUGUAGCACAAACAAGUGGUUCACCGGAGAAAACCUCAGGGCCCUCAUACAAAGUGGAGGAUGUGGUAGUUCAGACACCUAAAGAUGUAACUGCCCGAGCUAGACGACGACCGUCAUUAGCAGUCCGUGGUUUCCGAAGGGGAUUGGAGACUCGCCUGCAAGUUGCAAAACAAGUGUGGCCAUACAUGCUUUCUAUUGGCCUGGCAUAUUUUAUCACACAAUGUCUGUAUCCAGGCAUUUUAACUGAAGUUGCCAGUUGUACAUAUGGUAACUGGAUGCCCAUCUUUCUUAUUGCUAUAUUCAAUUCAUCUGAUUUAUUAGGAAAGAUCAUUGCUUCUUGCUCAUUUAACUGGAGCAGGGGCAAUAUUUUGUUCAUAGCCGGGUCAAGAGCAUGUAUAGUUCCUUUGCUUUGGCUUUGUGCUUACCCUCGUGGCAGGCCUGCAAUACCAGGAGAAUAUUAUGCCAUGACAUUGUGCCUCUUCCUUGGUCUCACAAAUGGUCUUGUUGGGAGUAUUCCUAUGAUUCAAGCUCCAAGCAAGGUUCCUGAGGAUAGACGGGAACUAACAGGAAAUAUUAUGACCCUCUCUUACAACAUUGGGCUCACUGGUGGAUCCCUCAUGUCUUAUAUUCUUGAUGACAUGCUGGGACCACCAGUACCAAAUGGUUGCACCAUUAUGCCUCCCAUUAUCAAGAUGUCAACUGCUGCAACAAAACUCAAUGCCACAGUUGUGGGAGCAAACCAAUUUGCGCCUAUUGGACCCACGAAUGCCAGUAUUAUUUCAAGGUUAUCAUCCAACAUCACAAUGUCAAGUCCAACAAUCCCAAGUACAAUUGCAAUGGUGGCAGCAACAGUCCUAACUGCAGCAACAUCAACAAUAUCCUCUGUAUCUGUUCAGUCAACAGCCACUGCAGUCACUUCCACUGCAUCUCAUUUCCUUAAAACCAUGCAACCCUUAGCAAAUGUCACAAUUCACUAGACUUGGGCUUAAAAUUUAAUCCAUAGAAGUGUAUAAGUUGCAGCCCAGCAGCUUACUGUUUCAUUUAAUUUAUAUUCCAUUCAGAGGGCUGUUAGCAGCGGAUGGUGGAGAGAACUACAGCAAUAAAGUCUGGAGAAACUAUAUAAACGUUGCUAGUACUUGCUAAUCUAGCACCUUAGAUUCAAAGUCAGUUCUUGUAGAAUAUCGUAAUCAAAAUCAUUAGAGUUUUCCAGAACUAAAAUAAAUAUUUUCUGUCUCAUUUCUGAAUGUUAUAGGUGAUUUUUUUUUUAAAGGGUCAUUGAGGAGAAUAGAGAGAAAUUUUCUCCUACUUGAUAUGCAAGAAAAAUGAUAAGUACACUAAACUUCUAUUCCAACUAACUGCAGCAGUCUGAGUAAAUCUCAGGAAGGCCAAGAGACAAGAUACUUCUGGUCUUCAAAGUAAAUUAGAGGGUAGGGAACAUAUCAAGGUUAAACACAGCUGACAAUUUUUUUUUCUUUUCUCAUUUCUUAGUUGAUAACUGAGAACUCUAUUACCAUCUUUCUGCAAACUGCAGCAAUAGAGCCCUAUUGACAAGAACCAAGCCAUAUUACCAUUUGACUUUCUCGGUCCUACAUAUUAAGGAUUCUAAGAUUGAAAGAAGACAUACAUCGUGGAUGAAUUAGAAGCGUGACUGAUGUUAGCACAAUGAUUUAAUCCGUAGAAUUUAAAAAGUUUACUUUUGAAAAGAAAUUUAAGACAAUACCAAACAAGAAAAAGCUCUCACUCUACUACAGUAGCAUUUUUUAAAACUAGUUGGAGCUGAAUCCAAAACAAUUGUAUUCUACAGCUGUUGGAUAUAAAAUACUUUAGUUUUCUUACCGUUUAAAUACAGUGACUGUGAAGCAAUAAUUGCUUUUCCUUCUGUGUGAAUUAGACAUCAACAAGAAAAGUGCAAUAUUGCAAUGAAUAAGAGAAUAAAAUAUGGGAACUGUAACUAUAGUUAUAGUUAGAUAUGUAGCCAAUAAGACCUCAUAAUGAAAGUGGGUGCCUUGACAAUUGACAAACUUUUAAAAACAACCUUGACCUGGUACUUACCGUUCCAUGAAAAAGAAAUCUUCAAAAUAUAUGAAAUAUAUGACAAGAGAACCCACAAUGUCUUCCAGCUAAUUAUGUGUAUGUAAUGCAAUUUCUUUUGAGCGCAUGCACAUAGUAUUCAUAACCCUGCACUGACCUACCCUGAUUAGGUGGAAUUAUGAAGUAUGCUGUAAGGUGGGACAUGUAAAAAGGCUAUGUAAUCUGUCUUACCUGUGAUAAGCAGUAAAUUCCACAAUAAAGUCAUUGUAAGUCCA